CUUUUGUUAUCUGUUGGCUUUGUAGCUGGCAAUAUGUGUGAGAAUCAGGAUCAGGAGAUGGGCUCAUCGAUAGCUGCCAGUUUUGGAAUUCCAGGAGCAACAGCUUGCUACUUCUUGAAUAUCUUAGAGGAUCAGGAAAGGAGUUUGCUCUAUUUUGUGGGUUAUUAUCGGGCUGGGUCAGCACCAUGGGAUACGGUUAUUUAUAAAUCUGACCCCUCUUUGAAUAAAAUAAAAGUGAUGAAGUAUGAUAUUUAUUGACAGUUUUAUUCGUUGAGAAUCAACCCAACUGGGGAUUUCCUUUAUGUUCCAGAUAGGGCAACAAAUAAGAUAAUUCAAAUUGAGACAACCGGCCUUGGUAUCACAAGAGAAUUAUCAAUAUCUUCCUCCUCAAUCACUGGACAAACAAGCAUUAGUAUGAAUAACCAAAAUUUAUUCUUCAGUGUCAAAAUCGGAUCAGCAAUUGAAGUUUGCAGAUGGAAUUAUAUCAAUACUGAUCUAGACUGAUUCAAUUUAGGAGUCAAUAGUUUCUUUAAUUUUGCUACAAUAAAUGAUGAUCUCUUAUUUCUUGGCUCAGUUGAUUCAACUUUAGAUCAAUAUUAUUUACUCAAUUACAAUUUUUCAGACCCAUCAAACUUUGUCUGGAAAAAGAGUAUAGGCUGUCCUACUUCAAGCUGAACUACUUCAUGGAGCUCUUCUGUUUGAAGCAGAGAUAAACAGUCGAUUUAUACAAUAAUUCUUUAUGACAACAAUUUCUUAUUUUACACUAUAAAUACCAUUGAUGGGAGCCCUCAAAACUCAGGUCUUAUUUGGAGUGAUUCUGGACAUCAAAGUGCAUAUACUAUCCGAGAAUUCAAUAACAUCAUUGCAGUUCGGCUUGGUACAAAUUUGAGAAGAUUAGUUUUAUUCAAUAAAAACGACAUCAAUGCUGUCAAGGAAUAUAGAUACAAUAACAUAAGAUCUUAUGCAAUAGGGAGACUAGUAAAUAAUGGAGAGGAAAUAAUGUAUAAUUCUGGAAUUUUUUUGUCUAAUUUUACACUGUUUUAUGCAAAAUCUUCCAUCCAUAAUGUUGACCAACUAGAAGAAUUUGUUUCUGAAACUCAGCAAUUCUCACCAAUAACAACAAAUUAUCAAAUAGGCCAUACAAAUUCUAAUCCUAGUUUGACAUCUAGUUCUAAAACUCUCAUUGUUUCGACAAGCUCAUCCAUCACAACCAAUGAUGCUACUUUGGCGACCUCUCCAACUUUCGUCAUCUACGUAGCACUCUGGAACGAAGAUCAUCUCCAGACUGUGCAGAGUGACUCUAUAGUGCUGGUCAACUUCACUUGGGCUUGAUCCCAGUCUAGAAAUUACACGGAUAUUGCAUUCAGUUUGGUCCAGACUGGAACCAACGAUAUUCCUGAGUGGGUGCAGUGAGACACAGACAAUCAAGAGCUGUAUUUGAACAAAACUCCAAGACUCAACGAGACAAAGACUUAUUACUUUUCACUCCAGAUAUCGUUCAACAGUGAAGUUCAUUACAAGAAGUUUGAAAUUACAGUCGAAAAAUGAACUAUAGCGAACUGUCAAAGGUGCCAACUUCAAAAUCCUAGUUCUUGAGCUGUAUGAAAAGAGGGUUACGAAGGAUUGAGUUGCCACAAAGCCUUACCCUCAACCGAAUCAAAUACUAGAACAGCUCAAGCAGCUUCAGGAACAACUGAAACUGCUACUGCUUUAGUUUUAGCAAGUAUGAUCAUGAUAACGAUUUCUUCAAUCUUAUCACUUUCUUCUAUUAACUCCUUAUUCAGUGUGAUAAACAGCCUCCAGUUGGCCAUACUAUUGCCUUUGGUACCAGAUUAUUUUUCUCAGAAAAUUAUAAACUUCCUGAACAGCAUGGGGUUUGCAAUGCUGUCAUUCGAUUUUAUUAAAUUUAAAGAUAUACCAUUCGUCAAAGCUAUAACAAAAUGGGUAGCUUACCCACAAUCGGAUCAGUAUUUGAACAGUAUCGGAAUGAGGUCAGGAAGCUCAGUAAUUAAUUAUCUAUCUUUAAUGACAAUCAUUGUAUUGUUAGGAGUGUUUCACUUCUGAGUGCUCCUUUUUUUGAAAUCUAAAUGCAUUUCUAAGAAAAGAAAAAUUUAUAAAAUAUUAACAAAGCUGUUCAAGUUUAUGACUUUUAACAUUUACAUUAGAAUAUUUAUUCAGGCAUUUGUGUUCACAACUCUGUCGAUAUUCUCAGAACUCUAUGCUAUGAACUUUGAAACUACAAUUGCCAAGGUUUCCUUUGGGCUCUGCACCAUGUUCUGACUCUGCACCAGUGUCUUGUUUGUUCUAUCUUUCAUUAUGUACUGGCUUUCGUUUCCUCAGUUUGAUAUUGAAAAGUAUUGGCUGUGUCAAGAGUACUUCAACGGAGUGAAGCCCACCACUUUCUCGAAGCUCUACUCAAGCUUGUUCAUGACGCUGAGGCUGUUCCUGGUUUCAGUUCUGGUGUUUGGAGAAUCCAUUGACUCUCUGUAUCAAGCAAUAUAUUUCAGUGCUCUCAACGUCAUGUAUGGGGUAUAUCUUGCAGUUGUGAGGCCAUUUGAAUACACUCAAGAUAACAUCAUAGAAGCCAUCAACCAGGGGUUAUUUUGUUGAUUGGCAAUACCAUUAGUGUGGAUCAACACAGAAACAGACUGGACUUCAUUUUAUGAAAACUACUACAUUACAAUCCUAAUGCUAUCUCCAUCACUCGGAGGCAUAAUUUCCUUCACAUUCUUCAUCAAAUCCUUCGUCACAUACCUCAAAAACCUACGAUCACACAAAUGCUCCAAAAUCACCACCAAAAACCCUCCUCCAAAACAACCCCAAACAACCCCUCCCCCACACCCCCAUCCAUCCCACAUCUCCAACCCAAAUUCCAACUUCCUCCAAAGCCAAGCCUCUAUAUCAAAACUAGCCAAACCUCACAAUCCUGUGUUCCCAAAUCCUCCAAAGAGAAUACUAAUAAAUACGCAUGACUAA